UCGCUACUGUCGCUGCCCACAUUCUCCAAAGUGUUCUUUGUGCCCCGAUUGGUUCUAAUUACUUCGAAGCUGAAACGAAUAUGGCCGUCUGACAAAACAUUCCAGGCAUAGCAGCGAUCGACGACAUCGUGUCGCUUUUAUUCGGACAUGUUGAACGGCCACGGAACCACGUUAUCUUGACCGAACUUUCUCGUCGUACGAUUAACGCAACGACGUCGACGUAAACGUGGGAUUGGAGAGAGUGCGGAAGGUGCGAGCGGUCGUCCGUGAGGAACUCUAUUCUUUAGCUCGUCUGUGAGGAAAAAAAAAGUAAUAGAUACGCAGAGUGCAGACGGUCUAGCUGGCGAUCGCGAGGGUGAACGGAUUGCUUCACGGUGACGCGGCGUGCGAUCACGAAACGAUCGUGAAUCGAUUUGUGACGUAUCGUAUCGCUCCACAACGAGGACGAGAUAGCGAGAGAGAAAGAGAGAAUAAGAGAAAGAGAGACAGAGAUAGAGAUAAAGAAGGAAUUGAUCGUUCGAGAUCAUGACAAUUUUAUCGAAGAAGAAGGCGAAUGCGUCGAAGGACAGGACGCGCGAGGGAGGCGCCGGAUCCGAGGUCGACGUCCAUCACGGGGUGCAGAACGAGCACAGUUCCGGCAGCAUUGCGCACCCGAACAGUCCUUAUCAGGUACGGGGCGCCAGCGGCUUUGCCGUCGAUCUACAUGGAGUCCAAAGCGAUCAUGGAUCUCAUAGCGGUUCUCUCGUGUUAACUGGCAACUCGUACGAGACAAACGUUGACCGCCGCGAAGACAAACAUUUUGAAGAUGGGAGUGGUCCAAGUCAUGGUAAACGUCACAGACAGAGAGUCAGUCCCCACAGCUGUAUUGGUAGACCUUCACGCACAAAGCGUGAACGAGUCGCUACUCCACCUGCUGCUUCUUGCAAUGGUCCACAAGGCACGGAUACUAACGUAAGUGGAAGAGUAAGCAUUGUCGGAAAUGCCUCAAAUUUAGAUGAGCUGGCAACUGGCUACAAUAGUGGAGAUGAGUAUACAGGACGUACUGAAAAUAAUCUUACUUUAGCCGAAUGGCAAGAGAGAGAUAGAUGGUUUGAGAAACGUCUGAAGAAAAAGGGGCUUUUAUUAAAAAAAAUGGCGGAAGACGGAGCUUGUUUAUUUAGAGCUGUAGCAGAUCAGAUUUAUGGCGAUCAAGAAAUGCAUGGUAUUGUUCGAAAACACUGUAUGGAUUAUAUUGCUUCUAAUCAGGAAUUUUUCUCGCAUUUUGUGGCGGAAGAUUUUAGCACCUAUGUAGACAGGAAAAGACAAGAGUAUGUACAUGGAAAUCAUAUAGAAAUGCAAGCUAUGUCAGAAAUUUACAAUCGUACUAUCCAAUUAUAUUGUUAUAGCACUGAACCUAUCAAUAUUUUUCAUACCAUGGUGGAAAGUGAUGAACCAAUGAACGAACCAAUCAGGUUGUCGUAUCAGCGUGGCAGUCAUUAUAAUAGUAUAGUUGAUCCAUUUAAAGCUACUAUAGGCGUUGGACUUGGUUUACCAUCAUAUAAUCCUGGUGCCGCUGAUCGCGCUCUGAUAUCAGAUGCAGUUCGUCAGAGUGAGGAAUUGCAUAUUGAACAGACAAUGCUAGAGGAUAAAAUAAAGGCUACCGACUGGGAGGCGACUAAUGAAGCUAUCGAGGAGCAAGUAGCCCGUGAAAGCUAUUUGCAAUGGUUGCGUGAUAAUGAAAUGCGUAAGGCACGAUCAGCCAGUAGUAGCAGUACGAGCACAGUUACGAGCGCGCAACAUAAUCAUUCACACUUUCAUUCACAUGGAGGUCGUGGACAGCAGCGUAGCCAUACCUCUUCUCCGACUACGACACAAACUAGCCAAGAUAAUUUACGUAAUUCUCCAAAGGUCAAUGAUGCAGUACGAUAUAACAAGAGAUCGCCACAACAUCAGUCGACUCAGGGAUCUAGCAUAUCCCAUUUGCCGUCGGAUUUUGAGGCGAAAAUGAUGCCACAAGAGCCUGUACCAGGAAGCAGCAAGGAAGCAAAUGCGUCACCCGAUAUCUCAUUGUUCAAUCGCCUCCCUCCUGAAGUAUUCGGUUUGACGGAUUGGGAAGAUAGCCAAAUACUUUCACAAGUGUUGGCAACGUCACAACAAGAAUACUUGGAUAGCCUGAAGCAGUCACGCGUGUCUGCGUCCACCGGAAACGAUAGCGCCAAUACGAUAGAGUCUAGUAACAGUUCUAUUAACAAUUCUUGAAAUGCGGUCAGUAACGACAAAGUUCAAAAGAUAUCAGAGUAAAGAUAUAUACAUUUAUAUAUUGCAAUAUCAUCUAAUCCCGUAUAGUGGUAGGACAUAAAGCGAUUUGCUUUCUUAUCCGUGAGUAAAUGUUGCAAUAAUCAUUAUUUGGUUUCUCUUCCUAUCUUUUCUCUUAUCUUUCUCAACAAAAUAACGUACGUAUGAGAUUUUCUACGAGUACGUAUGUUACAGUCGUUAAAUGCUUUGUUAACACUUGCAAAGUAGCUGCGUAUUGUCAUUUCGUUGUGGGUACCUUUAUAUUAUCAUAGAAAAUAACUCGCAUCAUUUCUUCCGAAAUUAUGACUGUUAAAAAGAGAAAUGUUUUGCUAUAAUAACCACUACCAAUCUAUGUUAUACUCCUCUUGUGGUUUGACAUUUAUCUCAUCAUAAAAUAUGCAAUCCGUUUUUAGGCAGAAUAUAUAUUGUUUGAUAAUCGUGAUGUUUUCUCUUGAUAUAGUUUAGGUCACAACGCUUUAGAAAAAUCUGCAUUGCAUUAUUUGUAAAAAAAAG